AAUGUAUUCUUCCUCUCCAACAUCUGCCGUGGAUGUGAAGUCGCAGCAAGGACGCCUCCAUUGCUGUGAUUUUUCUGACUGUGAAACUGGAGAACUGUUCUGUGUGAAAACAUACCAGGGCCCACUCAGGCGAGCGCUGAUUUAAAUGCUAUUUGUGCCAGAAGAGCUUCUGGCAAAUGUUUAAUCUCAAGGACAACCUACUCCUCCAUUACAGGCAAAAGCAAUUUCAGUGCCCUUCUCACCCUAAGAGCUUUUCUCAAAUGGCGCUCCUGCUCAUCCACAUGGGAUCAAAGCAUUCAUCCUGCCUGACAACUACUGAGGAUGACGUGUUCCAACAAGGACAAUUCCAACACGGUGAUAGCUGUGACGGUGAAACUGGAAAACUGUCCAAUCUGAAAACACACAUCGGGGACCACACAAAGGAGCGGCCAUUUCAGUGCCAUUUGUGCCCUCAAAGCUUCUCGCACAGAUCCAACCUGAUUAGGCAUUUGCGCAUUCACUCAGGCGAGAAGCCAUUUCAGUGCCCUUCUUGCUCGCUGAGCUUCUCGCAGAAGGCCCAUCUUGACACACACCUGCGUGUCCACACUGGGGAGCGGCCGUUUCGGUGUCAUUUGUGCCCUCGGAGCUUCUCGCAGAACAGCCUUCUUAAGAAUCACCUGCGUGUCCACACUGGCGAGCAGCUGGAUCAGUGUCAUUUGUGCCUUCGGAGCUUCUCACGGAGAUCCAACCUCAGUGUUCAUUUACGCAUGCACUCAGGCGAGCGACCAUACUACUGCACCAUCUGCUCCAAGUCCUUUGUUGUGGCCAGUCACUUGAAGAGACAUAUGAAAACAAAGCACCAGGACAACCCUGAGAUAUAGGCAUCAAUCCUCUGCAACAACUACUAAAGAUAAGUCGCAACAGAGACUCCUCCACCCCUGUGGCUUCUGUGACAUUGAAACUGGAAGACUGUUCUGUCUGAAAACACGCAUGAAGGUCCAAACAGGGGAGGAGUCCUUUCAGUGCCCCUCAUGCCCUCAGACUUUUGUGAGAAGCAGCUACCUCAAGAGACACUUGCACAUGUACACAGGCGAGCCACGAUGUCACUGCGACAUCUGCUCCAAGUCCUUUGUACAGACCGAUAAAUUGACAGACACAUAUGAAAACACAACACUAUGAUGUUGCAGAAUAAGUAGUGGUUAUGUUCGUGCACUUUUUGGAUAAAUGUAGUUUGAAUGUGGAAUACACCUUGCACAGUUCACAUCACCCUUGUCUAGAGCGUAUGAACGGCGGCCGCCAGCGCGCUUCCGGAACCAGCCAGCGACGACCGACGGUAGUUGCUGGGCCCUGGAUUAGAUGCGUCUGGGAAUGUAUGGCCACACUUACAGACAAGCCUUGCUCUUUCACUGCUCGCGGAAGCAGACGAUUAGCUGAGCAUCAGUAUGAAGGCGCUUAUCUUGAAACUAAUGCUGGUCUCUGCUUGUGCUGGUUCUCUCCACGUGAGAGUGAAACUACCCUGGAUGCAUGUAGCAGUGGAAAGACAAAGGCACUGCGUAAGCGUCUACUCUCGCAGGUAGUGAAAGAGCAAGGUUUUUCUUUGUUCGACAAAAUGCGACCAGACGCAUCUAACCUAGGGCCCAGCAACUACGGUUAGGCGCCUCUGGCUUGCUCCUGAGCACCCCCGGUGGCCGCCAUUCGCUCGCUCUACAGAAGGGUGACGUGCACUGCACUGUACGUGCGCCGUGUCUGGAGUCAUGUUCUUUUGCAUUGGGAAAUGGGCACACGUUUUGCUGUGUUUGGGCAUAUGCUGAACUGCCUUGUAAUGUUUAUUUGAGCAUGGCUUAACUAGUUGCUAGGAAAUUUGUUGCACGGACACUGCUUGCAAAACAUUAAUCAUAUUUAUGUGCUAUAACUGGUUGGGAAAGUUCAACAAAGUAACAAAGUUAAAAGCAAUUAUCCAUUGACUAUGCCUUGAGAGCAGCCAUGUUUGCAAUAAAAAUAAGCAUGAUAAAUUCUGAGUGUUUGGCCAAUCAUCGAAACUUCUUAGUCUCCUCCAAAUUUGCUCCUCUCUGAACAAUCAUUUUUGUGAGUUAUGAGCACUUAGCCAGGUUAGGGCAUUGCUAAGAGACAAGCACGGCGCAUGGGUCACAUGAUGACAGUUAUUCACCAAACCUCAAAAGAAACGAGCUUCUUGCUGGAAAAUCAGUGCCGCACACAUAAAUGCCUCUAUGUAGGAUGCACUGUCCGCAACAUCAUUAAUUAAAUCUUGUGACUCGUAAAGCGUCAAAUGCAGAAUGCACGAAACCAACACGGGAAGUAUGUCCUGCAUUGAAAGAUUAAUAAAAAUAAUAAAGUAGGCUAGGCUACCGAGAUGCAUGUGAUGCAAUCCUGCCUCUUCAGUAUCGAAUUCUGCAGGGAAGCAACAAGAAGUAGUCUGUUUCAGACUGCACCAUGCCAUAAGAAUCCUAGUGAAGCUAGACCGACAGGAAAAUAUCAGUUGAAAUAGUGGUCCUCUGGUUCAAUACUGUGCAGCAAAAUUGUGCUGCGGCAGGAUGAAUAGAAGCACCAGUUAUGAUGUGUGUCAAAAUGAUAAUUGUUGGCCAUUGUCUUGUUGCAAAAGGAGCCAGCUUCGUCGUCUCUAGGCGAGGUCACGGUGUAGCCAAUGACAUCACAAGCACAGGGUGGCCAGUAAAACAUCGUACAUUCUUUGGCAUGAGUCAGGAACACGCAAGAGAUCUUUAAAUUUCGUUUUGGUCAUUGGUAGCGUGCAAGUCCUGCUUUCACUGAUGGGCCAUGUUUCUCUAGUUAUGUUUGUAUAAGGUCGUAUUUUGACAGCCAUGCAUUGCUAAAUACACUGUGCAUAAUGCCAUUGUACAAGUGGUUAAAGUAUGCGUCAGUGCCGUACUUUAUCUCUCGAAAAGAUUCUCCAUGAUCGCCUUUGUGCCAGCCUUUGAUUGGAGAGUUUGUAAGCGCUAAAAUCACUGAUUUCAUAGCAUGUGUUCUUUCGUUCUAAUCUCCAAGAAUUAGCUCUACUUUGCUUACUAUGUUUAUACCAUGCAAUUAAGAUAUUGUAUGGAGUACUAGACAUUUACCAUAUGCAAUUUAUUUUAUGCUGUACAAUGCCUGCUGUUUUCUAUUCUUUCGUGUGGUAAAAGCAUUGGUUUACUAUGGUGCAUCAUUAGUUGUUUUCUACAAUGAAUGUGGCCAUAAAGUGCAUUGAUGGACUGUGUUGCUUGUUCCUUGUUGAGGUGGCUCUUGCAUUGGUAGACAAUGCCAUUUAUUUUCUUCAGUGUUGUUUACUCAUCUAGUAAUCUUUUGUUGGUAUUGAUGUCUCAUGCUAAAAGAAAGAGUAGUAAAUAAAAACAACUCGAGCGAUAAAAUGAGCAAGUGUAAAUGCUGAAGCAGCAGCUGACCACACUACGCAUACAUAGUUAUUCUGCAUUGCUGUUUGUUGUGAUUAUUAUGCAUGUAGUAAAUGUCAUAGAUAAUGCAAUACCAGCGUAAGGUCACAAUGCACCUUUAAUAAUGAAGCGUGCUUGACAAAAGGAAUCUGGUCUCAUUUCAGCAGUUCAUUGCUCAAGCAUGUUUCUUCUCAUCUCGGGAACCAUGUGGCAUUGCAUUCAUUAAAAAAAAAAGGAGGGGCUGUAUUACUUUUGUACCACCAGUACAAUAGGUGACCUUGAGUUUCUAGGUUUGUGUUGCUACAGACUCUGAUUGAGCAUGACGUUCUUGUCCAAGAGAUGGGUUAUUUUGGCAUUCCAUUAUUAAUGCCAGAUGAUCAUCGUUUCUGCUGUUUCAGUAAUAGCAUGUUCACUCGUGUAGCACAUGUUACUGGUGCAUAGCCUGUGGAAAAAGGCACAAACUUUAAUGAGAGGGCCAACGUGGUCACAAUGGUUGACACAGGCAAAUACUAUUGUGUACAAAUGGCUGUGCACCAAGCUUGUCACUUAAACAGAAAGCAUCCUAAAUAGCCGACAGUUACAUAAUUAUUUAUCUGCAAUUGUGCAUGUAGUAUACUGUUUAUAUGUGGUCCAUAUUGAGGAUAGCAUUAAACUUUUAAAAUAG